AACAUCCCAGCUUGUUCUUCAAGUUGUAAAAAAAAAAACUUGUUCUUCAAGAAAAAGCUCUGUACUCAACGCUAAAUAGAAAUUUGUUCUCCAGUUAUUCGAAAUUGCAGUUGAACAAUGGCGUUGGAAGCAUAUACAUCACAAAUUAAUGACGAAAUCCACAUCGAUGUUCUCACGAAAGCUCGAAUCUCUUGCUACAAGGCGAGAGAUGCGUUCUACUCAUGCCUGGAGAAUAAAUCAAACAAGAAGCCUACUGAAAUCGCCACUGUUGGGCUGUUAUACCCAAUUGAUUGCAAGCAAAGUAGGCAGGAAUAUGUGAAUCAAUGCAGACCCACUUGGGUGAAGCAUUUUGACAGGCAGUACUGUUCUAAGAAGAAAGUUCAGAGGCAUUUGGAUGAUAACGAGUCAAGGAGAGGUCCGUUGUCACUUCCACAGCCUUAUACCUUCAAACCCCCUUGUUCUUGUUGAUAGCCAAUUUGUGGCUACUUUGGAUAUUGACAAGUGGUUUAUCAAUGCUCAUCUUUGGUAAAUUUUGCGGUUGUACAGUGAUGGGAAUCUUUCAAUUACAUCAUUAGUAGUAGUGAAGAGUAAAAUUGUUAGGUGCGGAGCAAUGAAUUGUGUACCUGUGGUCAAUAGCAAUAACAUGCUUACAUUUUCAAA